GGUUUCAGCAUUUAAACGUGCUCUAAGCAUGCCAAUAACCUAUCUACAUAGACAGUUUAUUAGCUGUGGACCAAAGGUUUUGUUUCAAAGCAACCUUCCUCAAGCCAGAUUUUUCCCUCCGAAUGAAGGGGUGAUGUUGCCCCCCGGUUUGUUCAAAAACAAAGUUGCCUUCAUAACCGGAGGUGGCACGGGUCUGGGGAAGGGAAUGACCACCACACUCUCUACACUGGGUGCCAAAUGUUUCAUUGCAAGCAGAAAGUUGGAUGUUUUAAAACAGACUGCCAAGGAGAUAUCAAACCAAACAGGAAAUGAGGUUUAUGCUGUGCAGUGUGACGUGAGGGACCCUUCAUCAGUGAAGGCAUGCGUCGAUGAGCUCAUCAAUGUUGCAGGCCUGCCUGAUGUUGUGAUCAACAAUGCAGCUGGGAACUUCAUCUCACCCUCCGAGAAGCUGUCAGCCAAUGCCUUGAAGACCAUAACUGACAUUGUUCUCAACGGUACUGCCUAUGUAACUCUGGAGGUCGGGAAGCGGUUGAUCAAAGCUGAGAAAGGUGCAGCAUUCUUGGUCAUAACUACGACCUAUGCAAAAAGCGGAUCUGGAUAUGUAAUACCCAGCGCCUCAGCUAAAGCGGGAGUCGAGGCACUGUGCAAGUCCCUAGCAGCUGAGUGGGGGAGGUAUGGCAUGCGAUUCAACAUCAUUCAGCCAGGCCCAAUAAAGACUAAGGGAGCCCUCAGUCGCCUGGACCCAAUGGGCACGUUUGAGAAGUCGUUGAUCAGCCGAAUACCGACGGGUCGCCUUGGCACUCCUGGGGAAAUAGCCAAUCUGGCGGCCUACCUCUGUAGUGACUAUGCUUCCUGGGUGUCAGGAGCGGUCAUUAGAAUGGAUGGGGGGGAGUACAUCUCAAUCGCCGGCCAGUUAAACUACCUGCAAAAGGUAAUGACCCAGUUUGAAAUGACCACCCUUAUUGUGUACUGUUUCUUAUUUCUUAAUGUUGUAUGUCCCUUCUGUGCAGGUCACAAACGAGCAGUGGUCUAUGAUGGAAGCGAUGAUCAGGAAGACCAAGGGAUCCUAAUAUCUGCCACAGACAUUUGGAUGACUGAAUGAUCUGUUCUGUACCUAAGUUGGCACAUCGGGAGCAUUUUUGGAAUAGUUUUUUGGAAUAGAUUUCUGUUGGGAUGUCGGUUGAGCAAAAUCUAAGAGUUGCAUUAGUAACUACAUGUAUUUCUGCUACUGUGCUCUGAUAUGUUAUUUUUCUGUAGCUUUUAGAUUUAAUGAUUUUUUUCAAAUACUCUGGGCUAUUCACUUUCUGUCAAUUAUAUUCAGACAUACUGUGGGAAAGAUUUUACCUCAAGUCUUUUCUUGUCUGGCCCGAACAUCUGCGAGAUGUUUAAUUUAAUUGAGUGGUUUUAUUCUGAACAUGUAUACGGUGAAUGCAGCUUCUCUGUUGUUGCAUCUUGGUUUUCCAAUA